UAAAUUACCUCACUUGCACUAGUACUCUGUAAAUAUUUGGAGAAGUUUGUUUUUGUUGUUAUUAUGAUUGUUAUUUCAUUUUUAUUUUUUUUUUCUUUUCACUUCAAACCCAUUUUUCUCUGUCUGUGUCUGUAAAGAUUUUUGGGUAUUCAAUGAGAAAGAGACGGUGUUGUUGUUCUUGUUCUUCUCUCUAUAGCUUUAACCAUCAUCUUGAUUAGCUUUUAAAGAGGAGAGAGAGAAAGAGAGAGAGAGAGAAGAAAGAGGAGAGAGAGAGAGAGAGAAGAGAGAAAAGAAAAAAAUGAGGAGCAGGAUUUGUGUGAGGUAGGGGGUGUUCGAUACUUCCUUUUCGGUUUGAAUUCUUAUACAGCUUUUUGUGUGAUAUUAAGCAAAGGAAAAGGCAAAUAGAAUCCCUAUAGCAAACCUAUACACCUUUUUAGAUUUUCCUUUUCCGCGUUUUAAAAGUGAAAAUUAUUUUCUGGGUGGGGGUUGAAUUUUGAGUUCAUAGGUUGGUUUGUGUGUGUGUCAGCUGAGAAAGUUGGUUGAUUUUCCGGAAAAAAAAGAAAGAGUAUUUUCCAUUUUGUAAAACCGUUCACACUCUCCAAUUCGUUCUCUUGACUUGUGGGUUUUUCUUUUCUUUCAAAAAUUUGAUUCACAAUCAUAGCAGUAUCGGAAAAACAAAAUCCAUUUCAGCGAAGAAAAAGGGAAUAUUUGUGGCAUUUGUUGGUUGGUCUGGUCUGUUUUGGUUUUUUCUGCUACUUCAAUUCAGAAGCAUCUUUGCAUAUAUAGAGAGAGAAAGUGGAAAUUCAAUUAAACUCCAUUCAAUCUUUAAGGUUUUAAUCUAGGGUUUUGUUUUUCUUCUCUGAGAAAAUUUGACGGAAAAAAAAGAAAGAAAGAAAGAAAGAAAAAAAGGGAUUGAAAAUUUUCUGAGAUGAGAGCUGGACUAAGUACGAUCCAGCAAACCUUAACCCCGGAGGCGGCGAGUGUUUUGAACCUCUCGAUCGCCGAGGCAGGUCGCCGGAACCACGGCCAGACAACGCCGCUGCACGUGGCGGCGACGCUUCUUGCCUCGCCGUCUGGGUUCCUCCGCCAAGCUUGCAUUCGCUCACAUCCCAAUUCCUCUCACCCUCUUCAGUGCCGAGCUCUUGAGCUCUGCUUCAGCGUCGCUCUCGAGCGCCUCCCCACGGCUCAGACCACCCUCACCCCCGGCAUCGAACCACCCAUCUCCAACGCCCUUAUGGCCGCUCUCAAGCGAGCUCAAGCCCAUCAACGCCGUGGUUGCCCUGAGCAACAACAACAGCCUCUCUUGGCUGUCAAAGUUGAGCUUGAACAACUCAUCAUAUCGAUUCUUGAUGACCCUAGUGUGAGUCGAGUCAUGCGUGAAGCGAGCUUUUCGAGUCCUGCUGUGAAAGCCACAAUUGAGCAAUCCCUGAAUUCACAAUCACCUUCGGUAAAUCAAUCCCCAAUCGGAAUUGGGUUUCGGCCCAAUCCAAUGCCCGUCUCGAUGCCUAAUCGGAAUCUGUAUUUGAAUCCCCGAUUACAGGGGAAUAAUUCAGCACAACCCGGGUUGGGCGAAAAUGUUAAACGGGUUGCGGAUAUUUUGUUGAAGAGUAAGAAGAGGAACCCGGUUUUGGUUGGGGAUUCGGAGCCAGAGGCGGUGAUUAGGGAGGUGUUGAAGAGGAUUGAGAAAGGGGAAUUUGGUGAUGGACCACUCAAGAAUGUUCAGGUGAUUCCAAUUGAGAAAGAGAUGGGUUUAGAUAAGAAUCAAAUAUCAGCCAAGAUUAAUGAAUUGGGAGAUCUAAUUGAGGCUAAAAUUGGGAGUUGUGGAGGCAUUAUUGUUGAUUUGGGUGAUUUGAAAUGGCUAGUUGAGCAGCCUGUGAGUUUUGGAGUUCCGGGUUCGGGUGGGGUCACACAGCAGGUUGUGUCGGAGAAGGGUAGGGCGGCCGUGGUGGAGAUGUCGAAACUGUUGUCGAGGUUCGAAGACAGAGGUGGUGGUAGCGGCGGUGCUAAUCUUUGGUUGGUUGGAACCGCCACAUGUGAGACUUAUUUGAGAUGUCAAGUGUAUCAUCCAUCAAUGGAGAAUGAUUGGGAUCUGCAGGCUGUGCCGAUCGCUUCAAGAUCGCCUCUUCCGGGGAUGUUUCGAAGGUUCGGGACCAAUGGAAUUCUUAGCAGUUCAGUUGAGUCGCUCAGCCCAUUGAAGAGCUUCUCGAUUGCACCCACUGCUCUACCAAGGCGUGUAUCUGAAAACCCAGAUUGUGCUCGACGAAUGAACAUUUGCCCACAAUGUACAGAGAGCUACGAACAAGAGCUAGCAAAAUUGGUAGCGAAAGAGUACGAGAAAUCCUCAUCUGAAGUCAAAUCAGAAGCAUCUAAGGCACCACUGCCACCAUGGUUGCAGAAUGCCAAAGUCCUCAACAGUGAUAAUAAAGCCGCAGAUCAGUCUCAGACUAAGGAUCAAGAAAUGAUGUUUCAGCAGAAAUCUCAAGAUUUACAGAAAAAAUGGAGCGAUGCAUGCUUGAAUCUUCACCCUAAUUUUCAUCACUGUCUCAGCUCUGAAAGAAUUGCUCCGACAACUCUGUCGAUGACAGGCUUGUACAAUCCGAAGCUGCUUGUUCGCCCGCCUGUCCAACAGAAGUUGCAACAAACUAAGAGUCUUGGGGAAAGUUUACAAUUGAACUCAAAUCCAGUGAUCAAUCAAGCCUCCGAGAGAGCAAGUAGCACUCCGGGAAGUCCAGUGAGGACAGACCUUGUUCUUGGGCCAACAAAAAGCAAUGAGACCACCCCGGAAAGAGCCCAUAAUGAUCGUGUUAAAGACUUCCUCGGAUGCAUCUCUUCUGACUCACAGCCCAAGUUCCAUGAAAUUCAGGACGAGAAAUUCAUUAAUGCAAUGGAUGCGGAUUCAUUUAAGAAGCUCCUCAAAGGUCUAAUGGAGAAGGUGUGGUGGCAGCGGGAAGCAGCUUCUGCAGUGGCUACAACCGUGACGCGGUGCAAAUUAGGUAAUGGAAAACAACGUGGUACAGGAUCGAAAGGUGAUAUUUGGCUAUUAUUCACAGGUCCCGACAGGGUUGGCAAGAAGAAAAUGGCAUCUGUUCUUUCUGAGCAAAUAUGUGGGACCAACCCAAUAAUGAUAUGCCUUGGAUCACAGCGCUAUGAUGAGGAAACGGAUAUGAGUUUUCGUGGUAAAACAGCCUUGGAUCGGAUUGCAGAGGCAGUUCGUAGAAACCCAUUUUCAGUAAUUAUGCUUGAGGAUAUUGAUGAAGCGGAUAUUCUGAUUCGUGGGAGUAUAAAACAGGCUAUGGAGAGAGGUCGACUUGCUGACUCUCAUGGUCGUGAAAUCAGUCUCGGUAAUGUUAUUUUCAUCCUUACUGGAAACUGGUCGCCGGACAAUCUCAAAAACUUGGCUACUAAUCAUGUGCUCGAUGAAAAGAAGCUUGCGGCUAUAGCAAGUGGAGGCUGGGAAUUAAGGUUGUCGAUCAGUGAAAAGAGUGCCAAACGACGAGCCAAUUGGCUACCCGAUGCAGACAGGCCAACAAGGCCUAGGAAAGAAAUGGGUCCGGGGCGAUGUUUGGAUCUUAAUCUUGCUGCUGAUUUUGAGGAUGAUAAAACCGAUGGAUCUCGCAAUUCCAGCGAUCUCACCAUUGAUGAUCACCGUCUUGACAACAGGCGACUUUCGAUAACCUCUGUACCUCAUGAGCUUGUAAAUUAUGUGGAUGAUGCAAUCAUCUUUAAUCCAGUCGAGGUCGGUCCUAUUCGCCGCCAGAUUAAAACCAAGAUCACGGACAAUUUCUCAACCGUUGUGGACGACAAGGUCUCAAUAGAAUUGGAGGAGGAAGCUCUUGAGAAGAUCUUAGGCGGUGUUUGGCUUGGCCGAACAAGUUUAGAAGAGUGGGCCAAGAAGGUAUUGGUUCCAAGCUUCCAACAGCUCAAGGCAAGACUACCCUCCAUCGCCGCCGCUUUAUCCGAUGAGUCGGUGAUAGUACGGCUCGAAUCCGAUAACGAUUCCGGUAGCCGGAGCGCCGGAGAUUGGUUGCCGAGUAAAAUCACAGUGAAAGUGGAUGGGGUGUGAGGGGGGAGAAGGGGAUGCUGAUGGAAUUUUAUCAUUUGUUAGGGGCAGAGUUGUAAAUAUGGAGAGGUCGUUGGCGGGGAAAGUCAAACGGUUAGGAAAAAGGGUUAAAGAAAAAAAACGGUUAGAAAGAGUGAGAGGUUGAUAGCUUAACGGACUUUGAAGAUUCUCACCUUUUUCUUUCUAGUAUUUAUUAAUUUCUUUACAUAUGCUUCUUUUUUUUUUAAAUUUUUUUGUGUUAUUAUAGGCAUUUUGUUAUAAAUACUUAUUAAUUACAUGGAUAAUGAUUAAUAAAUAUGAGGCAUUCCUCUACUUCUCAUAA